GCAAACGCACAGUGGCAGGCUGUGAAAGAUUGUGUGAAGAGUGUGUUUCGUGAAUGUGUGUGUGACAACGUAAAGAGAACCAAAGCCCAUCAGUUGGAAUGGACCACAGUAGAAAUAACACCGCAAUCGAGGAGCGUCUCGAGAGCACCUGAGGGAUUACAACUCCAACUCGAGAAGAAGUCGUUAAGGUUUUUACUGCCCCUCUCAUUGCGCGCCCGGUGGUGUUAACGCGAAAACAGGAACGAGAGUAAACACGUGAAAUAAGAAGGUUCCAAUUCAGUCCCAGCCUUCCCGAGUUUGGCGCCGUGACACAGAAAAAAAUAAUUUCUGUGUAUUUUUAGCAUCCUCUCUUUUCCCUAUCCUCCCAUCUUUUCCUCUGUCUCUGUGUGGACAGAGAGCAGGAGACGAACGGACCGGGUGACACAGCUGCGAGUCUCACGCCUCUCCGGUUGAUCUAUGUGGAUGUGUGAUGAUGGAUUAACUGUAUUUAACGGGGUCCCACGUAUCUCCGGUACUUCACUAGACCACCGCCGCCAGCUCUCGUCCCUCCCCCUGGGAGCGCGUGGCAGAGAUCCCUGCCAUACUUUCUGUGGAUUACUUAAACUCUCUUUGGGAUUUUUCUCUCCUGGUAGCACUCGCGAUGACCGCGGAAUAUGUUUUACGGUCCCUGCUGAUGCUCUUCCUCGCGCUGCUCUCGGCCAACGCCAGUAACUGGCUGUACCUGGCUAAACUGUCGUCGGUGGGCAGUAUCAAUGAUGAGGAGACGUGUGAACGUCUGCGAGGACUCAUCCAUAAACAGGUGCAGAUCUGUAAGCGCAGUGUGGAGGUGAUGGAUGCUGUGCGGCACGGGGCUCAGCUAGCCAUAGACGAGUGUCAGUUUCAGUUCCGGAACCGCCGAUGGAACUGUUCCACACUGGACACCAUGCCCGUCUUUGGCAAGGUCGUCACACAGGGCACUCGGGAGGCAGCCUUUGUUUAUGCCAUCUCAGCAGCCAGUGUGGCGUUCGCUGUGACCCGGGCCUGCAGCAGCGGAGAGCUGGAGAAAUGUGGCUGCGACCACAACGUCCACGGAGUCAGUCCAGAAGGGUUCCAGUGGUCAGGCUGUAGUGAUAACAUUGCUUAUGGAGUGGCCUUCUCUCAAUCCUUUGUUGAUGUGAGGGAGAGGAGUAAAGGACAGUCCCCCAGCAGAGCACUCAUGAACCUACAUAACAAUGAGGCUGGGAGGAAGGCCAUUCUGAGCCACAUGCGUGUGGAAUGUAAGUGCCAUGGCGUGUCAGGUUCCUGUGAGGUGAAGACCUGCUGGAAGGCCAUGCCCCCAUUCCGCAAGGUGGGCAACGCCAUCAAGGAGAAAUUUGACGGCGCCACAGAGGUGGAGCAGCGCAAGGUGGGCACCACCAAGGUCCUGGUGCCACGGAACUCCCAGUUCAAACCUCACACAGACGAAGACCUGGUCUACCUGGAGCCCAGCCCCGACUUCUGUGACCACGACCCGCGCACACCAGGCAUGCUGGGUACGGCGGGGCGGCAGUGUAACCGGACGUCGAAGGCCAUCGACGGCUGUGAGCUGAUGUGCUGCGGCCGGGGCUUCCAGACAGAGGAGGUGGAGGUGGUGGACAGGUGCAGCUGUAAGUUCCACUGGUGCUGCUACGUCAAGUGCAAACAGUGUCGCAAGAUGGUGGAGAUGCACACCUGCCGGUGAUCACCAUGGAAACCCCCAGUGGAGACCAAACAAAUGCCCCAUCACACCCCACUCUCUCCUUUCUCACCUGCACAGAAGGAUGGGAGGGAGGGAGAGGGGGAUGGUGUUUGUGGUUGACCUUUUCCCCAUUUCAAAACCAUCCCUAUUCCUUCUACAAUAGACCCCGGGAACAGACAGACAGAGGUGGACAGAGGACAUGGGCAUUCCCAGUCAGUUCAUACAAUGUUAAAGGAAAAUGAUACACAUGCACGGGAUGUAUAGAACUAAAAAUAUAUAUAUCCCAACAGAGUAUUGUCCCUCUCUUCAUCUUGUCUCACACUCGGUUGAUUCACAUUGUUUCGGUUGCUUUUGUUAUAUCUUUUAUUCAUUUUCUUUUCAUUUUCUUUUUUAACUUAUUUGACAUUGUUGUGAGCGAUUCGGGGUGGAUUCGGUGAGGGGAGAGUGGACUGCAUGGGAGAGGGACUGAGGGUGGGGUAUAUUGGA